AUUGGGGUUAUUAGACCGGUGGUUUUCACCGGUUCAUAGAGUUCCCUAAAACCCCAAGCCUCCUACAGUGACUACAACUACAGGAAAAAACCUUAAACCCUACAAAACCUUUUUCACUUCCCAUUUGUCCCUUUCACUCUCUAAUAAUAAUGGCGUCUGUAAGAAACAAAGUAAAUCCACUUCUCUGUAACAUACCUUACGUUCUCACAUGGCCAAGAUUUGGUUUCCGUACAAUCUGUAGUGGUCGUCUUGGAUUUGCUUCGUCCACGUCACCAUCACUCGCUGAUACAGAUACACCUGUAGCUGGAAAGAAGUUUCUAGAAACAUUUACUGAGGAAUUUGAAAUUGGAUCACGCAAAAUUAGUUUAGAAACUGGAAAGAUUGCGAGGUUUGCUAAUGGCUCUGUAAUUUUAGCAAUGGAAGAGACUAAGGUUUUGUCUACUGUUGCUUCAUCUAAAGGCGAUGCAGUUCGUGAUUUUUUGCCACUUACAGUUGAUUACCAAGAGAAACAAUUUGCUCAAGGUGUUAUUCCGACAACAUACAUGAGGAGAGAGGGUGCUCCAAAAGAACGUGAACUUUUAUGUGGUCGUCUUAUUGAUCGACCCAUAAGACCACUUUUUCCAUCUGGAUUUUACCACGAGGUGCAGAUAAUGGCAAGUGUGCUUUCUUCUGACGGGAAACAAGAUCCAGAUAUAAUGGCAGCAAAUGCAUCAUCCGCUGCUCUAAUGUUGUCAGAUAUUCCUUGGGGCGGGCCAAUUGGAGUAAUACGUAUUGGAAGAAUUUCUGGUCAAUUUGUUGUAAAUCCAAGCAUGGAUGAGCUUAGCAUCAGUGAUCUUAACUUGGUAUAUGCAUGUACGAGGGAUAAAACUUUGAUGAUAGACGUCCAAGCUCGUGAAAUUUCUGAAAAGGAUUUGGAAGCUGCUUUGAGACUUGCUCAUCCAGAGGCUGUUAAGUAUCUUGACCCUCAAAUUAGACUCGCAGCUAAAGCUGGUAAGCAGAAGAAAGAGUAUAAGCUGUCUAUGGUAUCCGAAAAAACAUUUGAGAAAAUUCAGAAUUUGGCCAAAGAACCUAUAGAAGCUGUUUUUACAGACCCUACUUAUGGAAAGUUUGAGCGUGGAGAAGCUUUAGAAAAAAUCACACAGGACGUUAAAAGAGUCCUUGAGGAAGAAGGUGAUGAUGAAGGCCUAAAAAUUCUACCAAAGACAGUUGAUACAGUGAGGAAGCAGGUUGUUCGCAGAAGGAUCAUUUCGGAAGGGGUUAGAGUGGAUGGAAGGCGUCUUGACGAAGUUCGGCCUUUGUACUGUGAAGCUGGUAAUUUACCUGUAUUGCAUGGAUCUGCAGUCUUUUCAAGAGGGGAUACUCAGGUCCUUUGCACUGUUACCCUUGGAGCCCCUGGGGAUGCUCAACGUCUGGAUUCGCUGGUCGGUCCUUCAAGCAAGCGUUUCAUGCUGCAUUAUAGUUUUCCACCGUUUUGUACGAAUGAAGUUGGCAAGCGAACUGGUCUGAAUAGGCGUGAAGUUGGUCAUGGCACUCUUGCUGAAAAGGCUCUGCUUGCUGUAUUACCUCCUGAAGAUGAUUUUCCAUACGCAGUCCGGAUAAAUUCUGAAGUCAUGGCAUCUGAUGGCUCGACAUCAAUGGCAACCGUCUGUGGAGGCAGCAUGGCUUUGAUGGAUGCUGGCAUUCCACUAAGAGAACAUGUAGCAGGUUUGUCGGUGGGGCUUAUUACUGAAGUUGACCGAUCAACUGGUGAAAUCAAGGAUUAUCGUAUAUUAACUGAUAUUCUGGGUCUGGAGGAUCAUCUGGGUGACAUGGAUUUUAAAAUUGCUGGUACCCGUAAUGGAAUAACUGCAAUACAAUUAGAUAUAAAACCUGCUGGAAUUCCUUUGGAUAUCAUAUGUGAGUCUCUACAUCCUGCACUUAAGGGGAGGCUUCAAAUCCUUGAGCAUAUGGAGCAUGAGAUAAGUGCUCCACGCAUUCAGGAUGACAGAUAUUCUCCUCGGCUAGUUACGUUAAAAUACAGCAACGAAGCGCUUCGUCGCCUCAUUGGUCCUGUUGGCGCUUUGAGGAGGAAAAUUGAAGAUGAAUCAGGUGCACGGAUCUCGGUUGGUGAUGGAACACUUACUAUAGUUGCAAAAAAUCAGUCAGUGAUGGAGAAAGUACUGGAGAAGGUUGAUUUUAUAAUUGGGCGUGAAAUUGAGAUUGGAGGUGUAUAUAAAGGUAGUGUUGUAUCUGUUAAAGAAUACGGUGCCUUUGUGGAGUUUAAUGGUGGACAACAGGGCCUCUUACAUAUUUCAGAAUUGUCACACGAACCGGUGUCCCGAGUUUCAGAUGUGGUAUCUGUGGGACAGCAGCUUUCUUUAAUGUGUAUAGGACAGGACGUUCGUGGUAAUAUUAAGUUAUCACUAAAAGCCACCCAGCCUAGCCCUAAAUCCAAGACGGGCAUUUCUAUUGAUGAACCCGUUCUCCCUACUAAGCAAGAGGUCAAUGUUUGGACUGCCAUUGAGGAUGUAUCCAAUGAGCAAGAAAAACAAGGUUCUACUGCGGGACCCGAAACAAAUGAUUCAAGAUUGAAGUCCGCUACACCAGCAGUUCUAAUCCGAAGUGCAGCCGAGUGCGAUGAGGAGGAAAAAAGUGGUAGUCUGAAUUCAAAAGGUGAUAAUGGAUCUCAAAGUGCUUCUAAAUAUGAUAAGACAAGGAUAUCGUCCUCACUUUCGGAAUCUGGUUUUUCUUCUAGAAAUGUUAAGAUGUCCAAAAGAGGCAACGAUGCCAUUCUUGACUUAAUAAGUGAUGAUGAAAGUGAUAAGGAUGAUGCUACGUCUGGGACCCCUAUGAGCGCUAAUAAACUAAAGCUUGGUAUGAAAGUAACAGCAAAAGUGCAUCAAAUUCGCGCCCUUGGCUUGGUGCUUGAUUUGGGUGGUGGACUUCGGGGAAUGUAUCGUUUUGAGUCUGGUGCAAAGAGGGACUUUGAGGUGGGUGAUGAGCUGCGAGUGAAGUGUUCAAGUUUUUCAACCAAAGGGAUUCCAGUGUUAUCUUUGGUGAAAGAGGAGUAAUUUAAAGCUAUUAUUCCAAGGUAAAGCAUAAAACUGCAGGCUGUAAAAACGUCAACUGAGAAAAUACUGAGAGGAAAUCACAAGACGUCGAUGCUUGUGAAAUCUGCUUCAAGAGCCUGCAUUUCUCAGAGCAAUUGCAGAUCGUUGCUAUGAGUUGGAUCGCGAGAAUAAACAAAAAAGAAGGCCUCCUAAAAUGGGGUAGCCUCCCGGAACAGGGUUGUUCCAAGCCCUUCACAAGUGGUAGGUUUUAAUUGUGUAAAUCAUUCUUUUAAUGGCUCUUUCUAUAGUAAGUUUGUCUACGCAAACAGUUGGGGGGUUUUGGGGAUGCUUUUUUGUAGCGAUAGCUACGUCUCAUUAAUAUGUGUUUUUUUCUCUCCUAAUAAUGACACUUUUAUAUCGAUACCAAAGACUAUGAUACUGGAGUUGUUAGUAUCACUUUUACACAAUGCUUGAAUAUAUUUUCAGGUGAGAGGAGACGUUCGACUUAGAUGCUGAACGUUGAUUUCUCAAAAAAUUUAUGUUGCUGUAAAAGCUUUUGUUAAGAACUGAAGUGAGUACUAUAGGCUAGCUACUACUUGCUUCUAUAUUUGUCGACAACUUGGAAGAGAGUUGAGUUGCAGUGA